AAGUCCCAGAAUAAGAAAUUCCCAAUCAAAGUUCAAACUUCGUUGGUUUCAUUACUUUCUGCCACUCCCAUCACUCGUCCCUCUCCCCACCGAGUCUCAAGUCUUUCCUUCCCUUUUGGAUUCCUCUUGCUUUCUCAAACUUUCCCUCUUCACGAAACGGGAAAAAGUAGAAACGUUAACACCCAUAUAAGAGCACGUGAGAGAUUCACAUUGUCUCUCCUCUUCAAAGGUAAAAAAAACUCAUGAUGUACACGUUUAAAGAGAAAGUGACGGACAGGUUCACCCGUUUCUUCGCCGACUCGUCCUCGUCCUCGUCCUCGUCUCCAUCUCAGGCCAGGCCUUAUUCUGAAGGCGAGAAAACCUUUUCUUCAUAUUUUUCCUACAUUAACCCUUCAGCUGGAUUUGAUCGAUCCAUAUCAAACAAGCAUCAAAAUGAUCUCAAAUCAAUUCAAGAACACCCUGCUCUAUAUAGAACUGCAAACUCUGUUGCUCUAGAUGAAUCCUUGGAAGACUGUGCGAAAAGUAGUCCAGUAUGUGACAAGAAAGUAACAACAAUUACUCAAGAUGACUAUGUAGACCCGGCUUCUGGCAGGAGCACUAGUGGGUCUGAAGUGUUUGAAGAGGCUACUAACCGACACAGCCCACGGAAGACUUUUCCGUGUCUCAUGGAUGAAUCUGUUUUUAUUUCCACAGAUUUGUAUGAAUUCUUGCUGUCUUCCUUGCCUAAUAUUGUGAAAGGGUGCCAAUGGAUGUUGUUGUACAGUACGUUGAAACAUGGUAUAUCACUGCGUACACUAAUUCGCAAGAGUGCUGAUCUUUCUGGUCCAUGUUUGCUGAUUGUUGGUGACAGGCAAGGUGCUGUGUUUGGUGGGCUGCUAGAUUGCCCCUUGAAGCCUACAGCGAAGAGAAAAUAUCAAGGAACAAACCAAACAUUUGUAUUUACGACCAUAUAUGGUGAACCGAGAUUAUUUAGACCAACAGGAGCCAAUCGAUAUUACCACUUAUGUAUGGAUGACUUGCUAGCAUUUGGUGGUGGUGGCAACUUCGCCCUGUGCUUGGAUGGAGAUCUGUUAAGUGGAACCAGUGGACCGUGCCAAACAUUUGGGAAUUUGUGCUUGGCUCAUAACGAAGAGUUUGAGUUAAAGAAUGUUGAGCUAUGGGGUUUUACACAUGCAUCGCGUUACCUUACCUAGCACAAGGCUCUUUCUCAAUAAUAUUCUUAAUUCAUUUACCUCAAAUUUGGUCGGCUCCUUGCUGAUGCUAUAAUGAUAUAUAUAUAUGAGAUGAGGGAUUGUUCAUUUGUUGAAGUAUAGAAUCGUAAA